AAACCAGUUUUAUCAGUACUCUUUUCACAUCUCUUUACAUAGUUCUGUAAAAUGUUUGCCAUAUGAUCUGUCUUUUAGAGAUAAUGAGAAUCAACCCCAGUGACUAAAAAUUGUCACUUCCUGUGUGGAGUUUUUGCCUAAGUACAGACUCACACAGACCAUCGGCAGGCUGUGUUGAGUAAGAGUACAUAACAGGACGAGUGUAGUAGAUUUAAAAUAUAUAUAAACCGUGCAAUUGAGCUUUUUGUAAAUGCUGUAAACGGGACCUCAAGGCAUUUGCAGGAUUAGGAGUCUGUUCUCUAAAGAGUUUAAACGCAAACUAGGGGUUUACAGAACAAAGGGCGAACGCACAAAUCACUUAUAUUAGUUUUGAACCUCUGAAAAGAUUUGGAUGGGAAACGUGAAAUACUUAAACUGAAGUGCUGUAACUUCCAUUGUGUACCAUUAUAAUGUGACGGACCUCUGACCUGACUGGCCCUUGGUUUAUGGAGCAUUAGACCUCCAUGUGCUACAUUACUUACAGCUCACCAGUCUACCUUCUUUAAGCGUUCAUCGGCACGUUCAAAGACUGACCAUGAGAGCUGAGAGAUUAUUACUGGCACUGCAAUGCCUGUUAGGAUUUGUGCACUAUUGUGCUGCCUUGUCGACUUGCAGUCCUCUAGAUUUGGAAUUGAUAAAGAGAAAGCGCAUCGAAGCCAUUCGCGGUCAGAUCCUCAGCAAGCUCCGACUGCCCAAGGCACCAGAAGUGGAUGAAGAAGAAGCUUCCCAAGACGUUCCUGCAGAACUCUUGUCCGUCUACAACAGCACUGUGGAGUUAAGUGAAGAGAAGGCAAAAGAACCUGUUUCACGUACAGAAGAAAUAACGGAGGAGGAAUACUAUGCUAAAGAAGUUCACAAGUUCCAAAUUGAAAUAAUGGAAAGCAACCCAAGCAAUUACUUAUGGUUCAACAUCACAGAGAUAAAUCAGACAUUGGGAUCAAAAGGCAUCAUUCAUCAGGCAGAGCUCCGUCUGCUUGUGCCCAGAAAAAGAAUUGCUACAGAUCCUUCUGUAGAGCAAAGAGUGGAGCUAUACAAGGUCAUCGGGGAAAAUACCCGCUACCUGGAUUCGCUCUUCAUUACCAAAACACAGGAUCAAAAAUGGGUGUCCAUUGAUGUGACUCAGACCUUGAAAGACUGGCUGCAAAAGUCAGAGAAAAAACAAGGAUUUCAACUGAAGCCACACUGUGAUUGUCACAGUGGAAAAAAUGAAGGAAAAAAUGAAGUCCCAAUAGCAGCUUUGUUUCGUACAAGAGGUGAUAAAGCACCUCUAAACGCACUUAUAAGACCCCACAUGUUAGUGAUGUCACUUCCUGCUGACCGCCAGAGUUAUUCGAAAUCUCGCAGUAAGCGUCAAGCAGAAACAGAUGGAGUUUGUACUGAAAAGAACGAUGGCUGCUGUGUGAGAAGUCUGUAUAUCGACUUCCGCAAUGACCUAGGCUGGAAGUGGAUACACAAACCUUCAGGUUAUACUGCCAACUAUUGCAGUGGCUCUUGUUCUUACUUCUGGUCUUCAGAAAACAAGUACUCGCAGGUGAUUGGACUAUACAGACAUCAUAAUCCUGGUGCCUCUGCUCAGCCUUGCUGUGUGCCUCAGGUUCUCGAGCCAUUGCCUAUUAUUUACUAUGUAGGGAGGCAGCAUAAAGUAGAGCAGUUGUCAGAUAUGAUCGUGAAAACCUGCAAGUGUUGCUGAGUUCACAUUUUCCAUGUGGUCCUGAUGAAAAGGACACCUGUUAUUUUUUCAUUUUUGGUUCACAAACAAGUUUUUCACUGUUGUAUAUUAUGGUGUAAAUAUUAUUCCACAUAUGCCUACAGUUUGAUGUACAUGUCGUCAUUUCACUAAGUACAAUAUAUGAAGGUGCCAACUGUAUUUUACAGAUAACUCCCAGAAUUAAAUGUGAAUUUUCUUACCACAAUGAAUUUUUUUUUUAUAAGUUUAUUUAAAUAAACAACUGAAAAUUGUGCAUGUACUGUAAAAAUUCCUUGUUGCACUUAAAUGUUUAAAUUUAAACAACUUUUAUAAAAUAAGUUGUAAUAACUUAAGUCCAUUCAAUUUAUUUUUUAUUUAUUUAUACCAACUCCUCACUAGUCAAGAAAAUGGAAAUAAAUUAUUAAUUUAAAUUGUUUAAACGUAAAGUUUUAAGUGCAAUAAGGAAUUUUUACAGAUUUGUUUAUAACCAACCCAACAGAAAGUGCUGGGCAUGUUUUAAUUGCACAAACUGUAUAUACUGUAGUUGUCACGCUCCUAGUUUGUCUGCAUAUAUCUGUUUCCAAUGCAUUCACGUACAUUUUUUUCAUAAUGCUGCUCCACGGCCCCUCACCUGUCUCCAUUUUGUUAUCAUCCACUGUUAUCUGUCACCCCAUUUCCUCCGGUUUUGUCUGAUCUUGUCUGUGUUUAAACUGCUAAUGCUCAAUGUUAUGGUGCCUUUCAUGUAAGAUUAUUUUGGUUUAUUACAAUAAAUACUCACGUCUGCA